AUGUCAUCUCAACACGUUCAACUACAGUGCGCUCGUCUGACUAAAGAUAAUUUAAGGGAACAUACCGAAAGCUUCGUGGAAAGAAAAUCCCUCCAAGAACAAUCCAUUUUAGAUUAUGUUCUGGAGCAGAAACAAAUAAAUUAUGAAGAGUCACAACAAACAUAUGAUGACUAUUCGUCUUCGGAUUCUGAAACAAGUCGUAAGACUGCGUUUUCGGGUUAUUCGCGAUAUUCUGUUGAAGAUAAUCUAUCUUCAAUAAAUAGUUCGCUUUUUAUCUCGAGAUCUCAUCUACGAAAAUCAAAGAAAUCUGAAACACCCGAGAUUAAACAAUCAAAACCCUGCUCAAAACAAAGGGCUAGAAAGGUCAUUCCUGAAAGGAGAUCUCCAUUGAGGGAAACAUCAUUAAACCAGCGACAUAGUGAGCAUGUACAAAAGGAAAAGGACCAAAGGAACAAAAAAUUCUCUAGAAAAGAAAAGGACAAAUCUUCGAAAAAUCAUUCGCGAAGUGCUAUUAAUACGAACCGUCGUAAAGGUCGUAAAAGCAGAGGUUUGCUUGCUAGUUCUCAAAUAAUGCGGGCACGUCGUUUUAAUUCGCUUACAGUUCCUGAUCUAGUAUUCUCCGAAAUCGAUUUUCUCAAUUCGAAUCCAUCACGUAAACGAAUAAAUCAAAAUAAUGAUGAUUCCCAUCAAGAUACAGAUGAAACUUCGGAUUCUGACCACCAUAAGAGUCUCAGGAAUUCAACAAAGAGGAUAAAGAAUAAACAAAAGGAACCAAAAGUACGAGGAAAUCUAUCAAACAGUAAACAUUACAGUGAAGUGAAGAGUACAUCUUCAAUUAAUAGUCGAUAUCUUGACAAUGAUUGUAAAUCUAGUUUGGGAUCAAGCAACAAAAGGGAAAUGGACGCGUCGUCCAUGGGACACGCGCGUGUCGAUAAAAUGCCCAAAUUUAAGGCCAAGAAAAACGAAAUAUCCUCACAUUUUGUUAAUGGUCAAAAUUAUAAGAAGCCAUUUAAAUAUGCUUUACAAAAUGACAAAAGAUUUCCUCCAUCUAAUAAUAUUGGACGCACAGUUAGUCCUGAAUCAUCAUCAACAUCACGUUCUUAUUCAUACCAUAAAGCGUCUCGAUCUAGGAAAGAAAAGAAAGUUACGUCAUCUUAUUUUGCUAGCAAUCAAGCCAAAGAUUGUUUAAAUGAAUGUACACCGAAAGGUAAACACAAAUCGACUGAACAAGUAGAUAAACUUUAUCCUGUUCAGACGGUCGAUUCGUUUCGUGUUGUUGAUGCGGAAAAGCAAUCUCAAAUUGGUAAUCAUCAAGAAGAUUCUAAAGUUGAUAAAAUUGCACCCAAAUAUGAAGAAUCGUCUGGGAAGGUGCCUAUGAAAUUAGAUGAAGAUUCAACCUGUUCGCAACGAUGUUUGCCAGUCAAUAAAGGUACGAAGGAUCCACAGAAUAAUCAUACGACAUUGGCAGAAGAAAAUGAUAGUGAAAAAAUGCUCUCUAGCAAUUCUGACAGUGAGAAAAUGGUUGUAGAUUUUAAUCCCUCUUGGAUUAAACGAAAAUCAUUACUUUUGAAUAAAUUAUCAAAAUUGCAGAAUCAAAAUACGGCUAAAAGCAAUGAACAUCAAAGUAGUCGAAUUUAUCGUGCAGUAAUUGCUGAAGGUGCAAAGACUGAACGAUCAAAUAUGACCACUGGACUUGAUCAAGACAGUCUCAUUGAUUUAUCCAAAGAGGAAUUAGAAAAAUUUCAUAAUAAUUCAUCUAAUAUUGAACUUGGAAAUGAUGUUAAUGUUAAAGAUGAUGGAAAAAUCUGUCAAGAAAUAUUUGCAAGAGAUGAUCAUAUGUAUGUCGACUUAUUCGACGAGCCUAUUCAAAGUAAAUGGACUUAUCAAGAAAACAUUAAUGACACUCGUCAUAAAGAUCGUAGUAAAUGCGAUACUGCCGAAAAUACCGAUGAUCAAUUAACUUUAGACAUGCAAUACAAAAGUAAUAAUGCGUUAGUAUACGGAGGUAUAGGUCAUGAAGGAUCCUUUGAAGAUUCUAAUAUUUACCCAAUUCCUACAUCUUUUGAAGAUCAUCAGUAUUGGAUUCCUUCAAAUGAAUUUCCCAUGUGUGAUUCUCGUAUUAUACCACAAACGUCAAUGAUGGAAAAUCAGGUCCCAUGGAACUGGAUGCUUCAAUACCAACAUAAUACAGAUUUAAUACAGGCAAAUAAUAACUCAUCUGUAAACAAUUAUGGUGAAGAUAGUAUUGACAAUUCACUAUACAUUGAUACGGAAUAUCCAAUGUACGACGAAUAUAACCCAACUUCGCAUGACGACAUUGAAGGAGUAAGAAAUGGUGAGACUAAUAUCGCAGCCUGCUUUGUCUGGAAGAAACAUCGGUUACAUUAA